GCGAUUGGCUCCACUCGCGGGCGCGGGCCCGCCACGCGCUUCCGGGCCAAUGGGAAGCCGGCCUGCUCUGGCGCAGGGCACGCGCUUCCCGUGCAUGGCCGCCGCGCGCCGCCUCAGGAAAUCUGACUUGGACAAAGGCAGGAAGAAAAAUCCUGUGCUUUUUGUGUAGCUGCAUCAGCGUUGCCUUUCUGCGAACAACAUAGACAGUACACAUCAUUGCUGUAACCAACAAACAGGAAUCAAUAUGCAAAACAUCUUUAGAAAGAAAGAUACCCUCACUUUGGAUUAUUGUCCUCACAGUCUAAGAGUUUGAUUUUUGGGAAAAAAGAUUUUAUUUUUUGUGUCCAUAGGAAGCAAAAAGGACUCAACAAUCAUUUGAAAACAGAAGCUUAUACAGCUUGACAGCCCUUGGGCUUUUAUUAAUGAACAUCCCCAUGCAAACUGUAUUUUUCAUUUGAUAACUUCAGCAGAUACAGUGAGUUAAUAGUGAGAUAAUUUUGUCUUGUGAUGGCACUCUUUUCUCAAACUAGCCAGCAGGGUUUUCAGGCUUUGCUAUGGAAAUGUCACAUGUUCUGGCCUGUUUUAAGAUGCCGACAACUGUUUGCUGCCUCUUUCAGCAUCCCUACUAGGGAAAAAAUUAACUAUUUCAGUUUUAUGACAUCUUCCAGCACUGCAGUACCAGUGGACCCCAAAGAAACUGAUGUCUUGCCUACCAAGAAAAGGUCUGAAGUUGAUUGCAGAGAAGGAAAAGAAUGGGAUGAGGAGACUAAAGAAAUACCUGAAGGGAAUUUCCACUUUUCUUCCUCUGUUGGAGCUGCAAAGUCGUGGUCAAUGAGUCGUGUUCAGUCAAGGCAUAGAUUUAGUAAUGUACAACCUCCAGAAAAACCUUUGCAGGCUGAGGAAUGGAACAAACUAAGGGAAGAUUUCCAAUUACCUGGAAUAUUUGAAGAGGUGAUGUUGAACAGCAUGAUCAGGUGCAACAGCCCCAUUGAUGUGGCCAAGUCCUUGCUGACCCACCUGGCAAAGCGUAAUGGUGACAUUGCAUACAAUGUGUUGGUCAAAUACCUGACACUGUGUGUCCAUCAGGGACAGGUUUCAGAAAUCCGUGAUAUGUAUGACAUAAUGAAGGGCAGGUUUAAGAUUUUAGAAAGUGGGGCUUACAACCUUCUAAUCAAGGGCUUGAGCAAUUCAGAUCAAUGGAGAAUGGCCUUGACUCUUCUGGAAGAAGUAAAAAAGAUUAUGAUUCCCUCACGGACAUGCUAUGAAUCUUGUAUCAAAGCAGCCAGUUGUCACCAAGAAAUGAAACUUGCCUUUGAACUGUACAAUGAAAUGUUGGAUAAAGGUGUGGUCCCAACCUUGGAUGUCCUGCAGUCAUUUUUUUACUUCAGCAGGGGUAUGAAAGGUGCUGAGCUACAAAAAGAGCUCUUUGGUAUCCUCUUGUAUUUGAGAGAGAACCAAAUAUACCCUCACAAAACAUUUAUGCGGAGUAUAAAGCUAUGGUUUGAAAGUAUACCAGGCGGGAACUGGAAAGGACGCCUGACCAAAAUUAAAGACAGUGGACAAUGCCCAGUUUGCAACCAUCAGCUGGAGGACAGUAACCUCACUGAAGAGGAGUACAGUAAUCUCAGCGAGAGAAUAAUAAGGGAUGUGAUACAUGGAACUGACACUUUUAGAAAGACAAGUCCAAAGGAAUUUGAGGCCUUUCAAGCAUUUGUGGAAAGUCGACUUCCGUUUGAUAUUGUUAUUGAUGGACUCAAUGUUUCCCACAUAAAAUCCAGAAAGAUGCAGUGUGAAAAUCUGUUUGAUGCUAUCAACUGCCUGGCAAAAGAGAAUGCUCGGUUGCUUGUGCUGGGUCGCAAACAUAUGCUGACAAACUCUUCAAACUGGAAAAGAGAAAUUAUGAAGGAGAUGCAGAAUAAGGCAGACUUCUUUUUUGCUGAAAAUAUCUCUGAAGAUGAUGCCUUCUUGUUAUAUGCCACUCUGCGAUCAGGCAAGCAUUGCAAGUUUGUUACUAGAGACUUCCUCCGGGAUCACAAGGCUUGUCUCUCUGACAGUCUGACACGUCAACUGUUCCGCAAGUGGCAGCGUGGGCACCAGAUAGUGUUCUUCCCUUCUGCAGAAGGAAGGAGUAUCAAUUUUUUGCCUGCUUUCCGUUAUGACUGUGUGGUACAGACUACAGGUGAUACAUGGCAUAUUCCCUAUAAAGAUGUUUUUGAGGAAAAAUAUUCAUAUCAAGUACCAAGAAACUGGCUCUGCAUUCAGCAGAAGUGAUGAAGAAUGUAAUUGGACAAGCUGAAGCUGCUUUUUUUUUUCUCUUUUUUGUAAUCACUGUUGCUGGCUAGGAGAACUCAGCAGAACAAUAAUGGGAUUAAUUAAACGUGUGAGGUGUGUAACUAAAGAAAAUUGAGUGACUCUUUUCGACAAAAUCAUUCCUGCAUAUAUCUCUUAAUAUCAGUAGUGGUCCACUGGGGAUGAAUUAGGUCAAUUAUUUCCAUUUUUACAGGCAAUUUUUAUGAUUUGAAUUAAAACUGGAUUUUUCCUGUUGGAAUUA